GCUGCCUGCAAGAAGCACAGACAAGACAGGGGAGAGAGAUCGGCAGCUUUCAUUAUAAUCCCAGCUGCACUGAUCUAUCAAGGUCAAUGAUUUUCCCUGGGAAACUUACAGGGGGCAUGUUUUAAGGACAUCCAAAAGUUGGAAUCAACCAUACUCCCUCCUCUUUUACCACAGCUCCUGCUUUCUCCCCUGCGAUGAGCUGCACAGUAUAUAUAAAAGCUGGCUGUGAAUAUAGACUUCACACAUACCCCUUCACAAGUUUGACCAGCUAAACUAGCUGCAACAUCUCCUGCAACUUUAUUGCUCCUAAAUGUAACAAGGAUUUAGGAAGAACCUGCAGGCACUUCAGCCUCUGCACACAACUUCAAAGAGCAAGCAGAGGGAAAUCAGAAAGGAUUUUUUUUUUUGAAAGCCAAGACUCUUUGUAGACAGACAUAAAUUUAUGAAUGUAACAAUGGAUGCCCUCUGUGCCUGGGAAUGGGUUGAGCCAGCAAAUCAAAUCAGAAUUAUGGCUCCUGUGCCAUUGUAGAGCACAUUAACAUGCAUAAACCACUCAUGGAUGUUAAAGCUGUGGAAUAUUAAAGUCUUCCCAUGAAGACAUGUUUCUGGAAGCUAUCAGUCAGGUAUCCUUGAUAAGGUGAGAAUGUGUAAGCACGUCUAGUUUCUUGCAGAUCUGAGGUAGUUAUGGUUAAGCCAAUUAGAUUUUUUAUUUCAUGAAUUUAGCUAGUUGAGUGCUCAGUUACCCACGAUGGAGCAACAAAACAUUGAAUGUCAACCAGCUUCAAGUUCUGACCAUCUGAAUGUCUCCUUCACCAACUACUCCUAUGAUGGUAGAAGUUGUAUCCCAGGCAUGGACAGCUAUGAUGAGGAACCUGGGUGGUCCUUCUGGAAGAUCAUUCUAACCAUUAUCAUGGCUCUAAUUACUCUAGCCACUUUGUUGUCCAAUGGAUUUGUAAUCGCCACAGUCUAUCAGACCAGAAAAUUGCACACUCCAGCCAACUAUCUCAUAGCUUCUUUGGCUUUUACAGAUCUUUUAGUGUCUAUUCUUGUUUUGCCAAUCGCCACCUUAUAUACUGUGACUGGUAAGUGGAAUUUGGGGCUGAUUAUUUGUGAUAUGUGGUUAUCAUCAGAUAUCACCUGUUGCACUGCAUCGAUCCUUCAUUUAUGUGUCAUAGCACUGGACAGAUAUUGGGCAAUCACUGAUGCUGUUGAAUAUACUAAGAAAAGGACUCCAAAACGAGCCGUUAUAAUGAUAGCUCUUGUAUGGGUCUUCUCCAUAUCAAUUUCAAUGCCCCCUCUUUUCUGGCGACAGGCAAAAGCUGAAGAGCUCACUGUGUGCACAGUGAAUACAGAUCAUGUUUUGUAUACUGUGUAUUCCACCGUUGGAGCUUUUUACCUUCCUACAUUACUUCUGAUUGCUCUUUAUGGAAGAAUCUAUGUAGAAGCCAGAUCUAGAAUUUUGAAGCAAUCUCCCAAAAGCACAGGAAAACGGUUGACAAGGGCUCACCUAAUCACAGAUUCUCCAGGAUCUUCAUCAGUGUCCUCCAUAAACUCAAGGACUCCAGAUAUGGCAAGUGACACAGGGUCACCAGUAUAUUUGAACCAGGUCAAGGUUAAGGUUUCUGAUGCCCUCCUUGAGAAGAAGAAAAUAAUGGCAGCUAGAGAAAGGAAGGCUACCAAGACUUUGGGAGUUAUCCUUGGAGCCUACAUUGUCUGUUGGUUACCCUUUUUCAUCAUCUCAUUGGUUAUGCCUAUUUGCAAAGACGCUUGCUGGUUUCACCCUGCUAUUUUUGACUUUUUUAAUUGGCUGGGAUAUCUGAACUCCUUAAUAAAUCCAAUCAUUUACACUAUGUCCAAUGAAGACUUCAAGCAAGCCUUUCACAAACUGAUACAUCGUUUAACGUGUCCACCCUGAAUACAUCUUCAUAUUUCUCAAAGACACAUGAAUGCAAUUGUAUGGGUCUCACAUCACAGAACCAAGUCGAUAUUGUAAAGAACCACUGCCUGAAAGUCCCCAUCCUGAGUUGUCAGACUCAUGAGAGCUUCUGAGCAAAACGUCAAUACAUACUGCCACCCUUCUGUUCAGCUCUGCAUUUCACUAUUUUGGCUCUUGCAAUGAUGCUGCUUAAAUAUUUACUCAUGUCUCAAAUGCAAGGAGGGCAACUCCAAACCCAUGAUUACAAAUGACAUACGGAUUGGAAAAACUUAACAUAAAUAUUUAACUUUUGUUAUACUAUGUAUUUUUUUUUCUUCUUGACAUUACAACCUGUAAAAUCCAUUUUGCAUCACUAACCUUU